UCCUGGGAAAUAAAUAGGCAGCAGGGUGCACUGGGGAGAGCAACGCACCAGGAAGGCAGCCACUCCGAACAUCAGGACUCACCUCAUAUAGAUACUGGCUGCUGGAAUAUGCACUGCAGGAGAGCAGAGAAGAUGGCCUUCCUCAUAGCUCUGGGGCUGUUGAUGGCUGGGAUCUGCCCUGUUGUCCUCUGUUACCCAGAUGGCACACUGGGAAGGGACACUGCAGUCCAAGAAGACCAAGACAAUGGGACACAAGUAGACAGUCUAACAGUUGCCAACAAAAUCACUGACUUUGCCUUCUGCCUCUACAAGGAGCUGGUUUUGAAGAAUCCAGGUGAAAAUAUCGUCUUUUCCCCAUUCAGCAUCUCUAGUGCCUUUGCCAUGCUGUCCUUGGGAGCAAAUAGGAAAACCCUGGAGGAAAUUCUAGAAGGUCUCAAGUUCAAUCUCACAGAGACCCCUGAGGCAGAUAUCCACCGGGGCUUUGGGCACCUCCUACACAUGCUCAGCCAGCCAGAGAACCAGGUGCAGAUCAGCACAGGCAACGCCAUGUUUAUUGAAAAGAACCUGCCAAUACAAGCAGAAUUCAUUGAGAAGGCAAGGGCUCUGUACCAGGCCAAGGCCUUCAGGACCGACUUCAAGCAGCCUCAAGAGGCCAGAAAGCUCAUCAAUGACUAUGUGAGAAAACAGACCCAGGGGAAGAUCAAGGAACUGAUCUCAGACCUGGAUGAGGAGACAUCCAUGGUGCUGGUGAAUCACAUCUCCUUUAUGGGCAAAUGGAAGAUACCCUUUAACCCUGAUGACACAUUUGAGGCGGACUUCCACUUGGACGAGAAGAGGUCUGUGAAGGUGCCCAUGAUGAAAGUUAAGGACGUGAUCACACCCUACUUCCGGGAUGAGGAGCUGUCCUGCUCUGUGGUGGAGCUGGAGUACAUAGGCAAUGCCAGCGCCCUGUUCAUCCUCCCUGACCCUGGCAGGAUGCAGCAUGUGGAAGCCAGCUUGCGACCAGAGACCCUGAAUAAAUGGAAGGAAUCUCUGAGGCCCAGGUUGAUAGAGGAGCUCCACCUGCCCAAGUUCUCCAUGUCCAAAAACUACAACCUGGAGGACACCCUUCCAGAGUUGGGCAUCAGGGAAGUCUUCUCCACACAGGCCGGUCUCUCUGGGAUCACUGGAGACAAGGAAAUGAGAGUCUCUAUGGUGACCCACCAGGUUAUGCUGGAUGUGGCUGAGACAGGCACAGAAGCAAGUGCUGGCACAACACUCAAAUACACCUUUCUGUCUGCAAAACUGCCGCCUACAGAUCUGAAAUUCAACAACCCGUAUUUGUACUUUAUCACUAACUAUGAACAUUCGAUUAUCUACUUUAUAAGCAAGAUGAUUGACCCAACACAGGGCUAGAACUUCCCAAGCAAUGGGGUUUCUUCCUAGGAGCCGGGGAUUGAACUUAAUAUGGGUUUCUCUCUAUAUGCAUUUUGGCUUCCUUGCUGCAAUUGGUGGUGGCAUGCCUGGUUGGACAGUAACCUUGACUAACUCUCAUAUGCAUAGGAGCCUGUGGGUGUUCAGUGUCAGGCUCCAAGUCCUCUUGGCAGUACUAGUUCAUGCUCUGGAAUUUUCAAUCUGUCUUUAUUCUUCAUCACUUCUGACUCCCUCUGUCUGCCUCUACCCAAAGCCUGGGCCUGACAGAUAGGAUCAGCUCAGCACUCUUGAUGGGACAGUUAUAGGUCAACCCAUGUGAACCUCAGGACCAAGUAGGGAACCUCCUGCCCAGUGUCUGUCUGCAGCAUCUGGGAGCAUCUGGUGCCUAGUUCCUGCCUCACCCUUUCCCUACUCCAGGCUCUGACACCUACUGCCCACAUCUGGAACACUUUUGGUGUCCUCACUCCUGCAGCUGUGUAGGUCCUGUUGGUCAAACCACCUCCUUUCCCCCUCGCACUCCUACUUAGAGCAGAGGAGCCAUUUUCUAAGUUCCCAUCUGACCAAAUUCCCAUGUCAGAUGGACACCUCAGCUUCUAUCACCCAAAAUUGAAGA